AUGGAAUGGUCACUUGUGUGUACUGGGAAGCUGGAGAAGCCGAAGGUGGACAGAAUGGAGAGACGAUGCGUUGGUCAAAAGAGGGUUGCUGGGUUGCAUACUCUCAAAAAAACUACACUGUUUGUAGCUGCUCUCACCUUUCUACCUUUGCUCUCAUAAUGCAGAUUGGGGAGCCUGUACCACAGAAUGACUUCUUAGAGUGGCUGAACCGGAUAUGUGUGAUUAUUGGACUUUUCUUUUUGGCUUUGGCCAUCCUUACCUUCCUUCUGUGCAGCUGGAAUCCCAAAAUUAACAAUACUGCCCGUCUCCACCUCUGCCUCAACCUGGCUUUUUCGCAACUCCUCCUGCUCUGGAAUGACAAAUACACUGAUAAUAAGCUGGCCUGCACUGUCAUGGCAGGGCUUCUCCACUUCUUUAUUGUUGCCAGUUUUGUGUGGAUGUUGCUGGAGGCACUACAGCUCCACCUGUUGGUUAGAAGGCUCUCCCAGGUGAAAGUCAUUCAAAGAGAUGGUCUCCCCAGGCCUCUUCUCUAUCUGAUUGGCUAUGGUGUUCCAUUUGUGAUUGUUGGUGUUUCUGCACUGAUGUAUUCUGGUGGAUACGGACGUACUAAGGCUAAUGUAUGCUGGCUGUCAGAAGAACGAAACUUCAAAUGGGCUUUAACAGGGCCAGUGAUAGCGAUCCUUGCUCUUAAUUGCAUCCUGUUUGGUGCAACUUUAUGGAGUCUGCGGCCCACCUUGGCUAACAUAAAAAGUGAUAUCUCUCAGUCCAAAGAUACAAAGUUGAUUUUGUUCAAGAUAUUGGCCCAGUUUGUUAUACUUGGCUGUACCUGGAUUCUUGGCCUGUACCAGACAAACCUGUUCUUUCAGGUUGUUUUUAUAGUUCUGAACUCCCAGCAGGGUACUUUUCUCUACAUUGUCCACUGUGUCCUCAACAAAGAGAUUAGAGAUGAGUAUGUCAAAUGGCUGACCUGUUCGUUCAACAAGACCAGAGAAGGCGGCUCAGUGAAAAAUGUACCAUCAGUUUCCGAGGACUUGGACAUCCCUCAGACGUCAACAUCAGCUGAUGUUGAUAAAUAAGUGACGGGAAACAUGGAAGAAAUAGAAGAUUUAUCUACUUUUCUGCUAAUAACUUUUUACUUUCUUUUCAAAUAUUUCAAUUUGUACUGUGAAUUUACCUUGUAAGUUCUUUUGUCAUGAAAAAUUAGUGCAUUUUAUGUAAUACUUGUGCUUUUCGAUAUUUAGAAAGUAUUUUAAACUACUACUUGCUGAUUAAAUGUCCCAAGUUUUUCUCCCAAAUGUUCACCUUUAUUUUGAAAAGGUUAUGGCCAGAUAUAGGUGCACCCAAAUCAUACAUCAGAUCUUGGGUUGCACAACCAGUUAUUAGGGCUAGAGGACAAUAACUUUUUCACACAGGACCAGGAGGGUUUGGACAGCCUUUUUUCUUUAAUAAAUCUAGUUGUUAAGCAAACAUUUGCUUACUUAAGUUUUAGUUUUGCUUACUUAAAGUUGCUUAAUGACGAUUGAUCAACGAUUGACCAAUGAUUGAUUCAGUGGUUGGAGUCAACUAUUGUACAACUGGCUUGUAAUACAGUUUUACAGGAUUGCAAUAUACUCCUUUUAAUGCUAUUAAAGUGGUUGGUUGUGGAAUUUACAUACUGCUUAAUUUGACUCAAUAAAGUUACCUG